AUGGUUCAUAAAUUAUUGUCUCCAAGAUUUUGGCUGGAUAAAUUCAUCAUUUUAUUUUUAGAGCUUAUAUUGUUAAUUUUACAAAGUACACUUUACCUUAUUAAAGGAAAUGAAGACAAACAAACAGCCGAAAAAAGGUUGAAAGAGCAACAAAAAGAAAGGGCUAUCCCAAAAGAUUCAGAAACGGAGAUAUGUACUUCAAUGGAACAAAUGGUAGUAAAUAUUAUCACAGGAAUUCCCUCGGAGUUAAAACCAGAUGAGACCGUUAAUGAAAUAUGUGUUCCAAAUGAGCCUCAUAUUGAACCAAUUAAAGAAAUCAACAAAACUAAAUCACAAGAAAGUGAAAUAAGACAGAAUCAACCUUUGGAAAUCGUUUGUCCACCAUUUGAAAGGAAAACAACAAAUAAUAAUAACAUUGACCCAGAUUCCAAGAUAAUUCCAAUUGAGUUCCACUGGAGACAUGGUGGAAACAAAGUUUUCGUUACUGGCGAUUUUGACAAUUGGCAAGCUACGAAACACGAAAUGCAUCGUAAACCUGGCACAGAUGAUUUUGUUGCUAUCGUUGAUAUCGACCUUACAAAGCAACAUCAAUUCAAAUUUGUUGUCGACGGAAGUUGGCACUUCAAUGGUGAUUUACCUACACACUGUGAUGAAUGUGGCAACGUAAACAAUGUCAUUUAUGCUUUCCCGGCUGGUCCACUAAGUCCUGAAUUUAAGGAACACGUUAUUGCUCCAUUCGCUCACAUGACUGCCGCCUACUAA